AUGUCCUCCCCAGUCAUGGAAAAAUCUCCAACAAUGGCAGCCGAAGAGCACCCGGUUCCGAAUACAAAAUCAGAGGUUCAGCAAUUAUCUGAACCUGCACGCCAGAAAUGGUACGAAUGGUUUGCGCCUACGGAUACCCCAGCCGAGCGUCGAUUGAUCCUCAAGCUUGAUGGACUGAUUAUCGUCUUCGUCUUUUUGGCCUACUGGGCGAAAGUCCUCGACUCAUCGGCUACGAGUACGGCCUAUGUCAGUGGAAUGAAAGAAGAUUUGAAGCUAUAUGGUAAUCAGUUGAAUUAUCUGCAGACGGUCUACAUGGUUGGCUUUAUUACGAUGCAGAUUCCCUUGACCCUGGUGAUGACCCGCUGCCCGGUGAAUUACUUCCUGCCAGCCGCAGACCUAUUCUGGGGCGUUUUCACCUUAGCGCAAUACAAAGCCAGCAACGUCACUCAGCUCUACGCUCUCCGAUUCUUUGUCGGUGCUCUAGGCGGCUUCUUCUUCCCCGCAGUACAAUGGUAUUUAGGUAGUUGGUACAAGCGCUCCGAAUUGUCUCGCCGUGGCGCCAUCUUCUUCAUUGCUAGCCAAGUCGGCAGUAUGAGCUCCGGAUAUAUUCAAGCAGGGGCUUAUGCCAGGUUAGAUGGUCGAUACGGGAUUGAAGGGUGGAGGUGGUUGUAUAUCAUUUGUUUCGCCUGUACAAUUCCCAUCGCAUUCUUGGGUCUCUGCCUUCUCCCUAGCACACCGGAUAAAUGCACUUCACGAUUCCUGAGUGCUGAUGAAAUUCGUCUUGCGCAGGAGCGCAUGGCCUCUGAGAACCGCGAGGGCCGUCAGCCUUUCACUAAAGCUAAAGUUUUUCAGAUCCUGAAAGGAUGGCGCCUGUGGGUGCUUGUUAUCUUUGCAUUCUUCUUCUCCCAGGCCGAUGGUGUAUCUUCAAACAGCGGGUUGUCUCUCUGGCUCAAGGCUGAGGGAUAUUCGGUUGAGAGCAUUAACACGAUAACGACAGUUUCGCCCGCCGUCACCAUCGUGGCAUCUGUGAUUUGUGCAGUCCUCUCCGAUAUCUACGAUGCAAAGGCCAGUCUUAUUGCUGUGACUGCUGUGCUUAAUAUCUUUGCUUGCAUUGUGCUUGCUAUUUGGAAUGUUCCCGUUGGAUUGAAGUUCUUUGCGUUCUUCCUAUCUGGCACGGCUGAUGGUAUUGCGGCUAUCAUCUAUGCUUGGGCAAAUGAAAUUUGUUCACAUAGUGCCGAGGAGCGCGCCAUCGUCAUCAGUGCCAUGAACACUAUUGGUAAUACAUUUGGGGCCUGGAUCCCGCUUUUCGUGUGGAAGACUGUCGAUGCACCCCGGUAUCUAAUUGGAUACAACUGGACUAUCGCUCUCGAUGUAUGCAUGCUAGUCAUGCUGGCCGUUCUGGUUCAGUUCUGGGCUCGUGAGAAGAAACGUUCACAUGUCUAG